AUGUCUGCUCAACGUGAGUACAACUUCAGUGCCUCCACCUUCCUCCUCACAGGCUUCCCUGGUCUGGAACAGUCAUAUGUGUGGAUUUCCAUUCCUUUCUCCUCCAUCUAUGCCAUGGUUCUCCUUGGGAAUUGCAUGAUACUCCAUGUAAUCCGGACUGAACAGAGUCUACACGAACCCAUGUUCUACUUUCUAGCCAUGCUGGCCCUCACUGAUCUGUGCAUGGGGCUGUCCACUGUGCACACAGUGUUGGGGAUCCUGUGGGGGCUCAGCAGAGACAUCAGUUUGGAUGCUUGUAUCGGCCAGUCUUACUUCAUUCACGGACUGUCCUUUAUGGAAUCUUCUGUCCUCCUUGCCAUGUCCUUUGAUCGUUACAUUGCAAUCUGCAAUCCACUGCGCUACUCUUCUAUCUUGACAGCUGCCAGGAUAAUCAAGAUUGGGGUAGCCAUUAUCAUUAGGAGCUUCUUAUUUAUCACUCCUGCUAUCAUUCGCCUAAAGUUCUUCAAUUACUGCCGGCCCCAUGUUCUCUCUCACUCCUUCUGUCUACACCAGGACCUUCUUCGCUUGACCUGCUCUGACAUCCGCUUCAACAGCUUCUAUGCACUGGGGUUAGUGAUUUGCACCCUAUUGUUAGACUCUGUCCUUAUCCUUGUCUCUUAUGUCCUAAUUCUGAAAUCUGUCUUGGCUAUUGCAUCUCGGGAUGAAAGACUCAAAUCUUUCCAGACUUGUGUUUCCCACAUCUGUGCUGUCCUAGUCUUUUACAUCCCCAUCAUCAGCCUAACUAUGGUACACCGUUUUGGCAAGCAUCUGUCCCCUAUAGUGCAUGUCCUUAUGGGUAAUGUUUAUAUUCUCUUUCCACCCCUAAUGAACCCAAUUAUCUACAGUGUCAAGACCCAGCAAAUACGAAGCAGGAUACAGAGGCUCUUUUCAGGGCAACGAUACUGA